AUGGCUGCAUCGUUCCCGAGGUCGUACACUGCGCAUUCGCGACACCCAUUCUUCGUUUCCGUACUAAUCUGGUCGUGGAUAUCGUUACUUUUCCAAGGCACAUUUGUGGUGGCGGAUACUAUUAAUGCUAAUAACGAUGAGUGGCAACUCCUAUGGAGCGAAGAGUUUGAUGGCGACAGUCUCGACGACACGUUUUGGAAUAUUCGAACGGGCUUUCUCGGCUUCAACUCGGAAUUCCAAACCUACACGGAUCAUCCCGAGAAUAUCCGUGUUCAAGAUGGCAAACUCCACAUUUCGGCCGUGCGCGACUCGUCGGCACAAGUGGGCUACACAUCGGGACGGGUCAAUACCAUGGACAAGAUGCAACUCAAAUUUGCCACCGUCGAAACAUCCAUCAAGAUUCCCGAUAUGAAAUUGGGACUGUGGCCGGCGUUUUGGACGCUCGGACAAGACUAUCCGCAGGUCGGAUGGCCGAAAGCGGGCGAACUGGACAUCAUGGAACUUGGGCAGAAGCAAGGAGGUGCGGCGGGUCUGGGCAACCAUCGUGUCAUUUCGGCUCUGCAUUGGGAUGCCAUGGGUCAGUACGUGUACGAAGAUGCCAUAUUGGAUGUCCCGUAUGAUCUGAGUCAAGGAUUUCACACAUACAAGAUGGAGUGGCAACCCGACUAUGUCGCCAUGUACAUCGAUGGACGACAAAUUGGGCGCUUCUCCAUUGGGAGCUGUUUUACGUUGUGGGAUUGCCCGGAACUCCAUCAGUUUCACUUUCUGGUUCUCAAUGUCGCUGUGGCCGGUCAAUUCACGUGCUGUGAGUAUGGCUUUGAGCCCAAUGCAUUUCCCAAUGGUACUGCAUGGACCAUGGAAGUGGAUUAUGUCCGAGUCUAUGGGAACGAACACACCGAGGUUAUAUUGCCGGAUGGAGUGACGAUUCAGACAAGGGCACCGUCACCAGCUCCAUCACCCAACCCAACCAAAAAGCCGACAACGUACAUCACUCUGUCCCCCGUAGCAUCAUCAAGACCACUAACGUCACCACCCACCAAAGCAACAACAUCCACGACAAGCCCUACAUCCAUUGCACCAACUGCGUUGCCCUCCUCCAUUGGCACAACCACACUCUCGCCUACUUUGCCUCUCGUUACUGGUACCCCCACCAGCGCUCCCAUUAUAAGUACACAAGUACCCACAACGAUGACCACGACAUCGACUAGCACCGCAGGUACCACCGUAGAAAUGACCACUGCUGCCCCGACGGAUCCAACCACCAACGAUGGAUCAUCAUCUCAGCAAGUGGUUACUGCUGCUCCUACCGAAACAAUCACCAUAAGUGGAUCACCAUCUCCACAAGUGGGCACUGCUGCUCCGACGGAACCAACCACCAACGAUGGAUCAUCAUCUCCACAAGUGGGCACUGCUUCUCCUAUUGACCCCACCACAAACGGUGGAUCGCCAUCUCCGCAAGUGAUUCUCACAAGCCAGCCUACAGCUUCCAGCACUGCAACGUCAAACACCGUAUCCAAAACCCAGCCAACUGAAGACAUGCUUGCGGACUUAAUAUUGCAAGACGACUACGACACUUUCACGACCGCCGCACCAAUGGUCACAUCUGCUCCCAGUGCUUUGGGUGGUACGAGCGUCACGUCCUCUCCAACUGCAGAGUCUACGUCGCAGCCCACAACACAAUCUACUAGUACAAGUCUCCGGACAGGAGACGAAGAUGCUACGACCACUACUACUACAGAUGAGGAAGACAAGGUAUCCAACAGCAAUGAUGGUGUUGAUACAACAACCUCGCAAAUUCAGAGCUCAGGAUUUUCCUGGUCGUCCUUCCAAUCAUGGAUUUGGGUUGUCAUUGCGGUGGCUGCAUUGGCAGAAGGUAGCUUUCAUCUUUAUUAG